AUGGUUGACAUGUCUGUAGCUGCCUUAUCUCUCUAUUUAUCCUCACAGUUCAUUGCCUAUGAAGAUCGAAUCCGUGCCUAUUCGACACCAGAUAAGAUUUUUCGCUACUUUGCAACUCUAAAAUGCAUCGGAGAAGAUGGCACAUCGGAGAUUUUCAUGACUCCGGAGGAUUUUCUUCGAGCGAUUACACCGGGCACGAAGCAGCCUGAUGGGCUAGAUCUUGACUCUUUCAUACGAUUUGAUCCGAAGAAAGACAUAUUGGAUCUAAAUGUAUCCAAAGAUUCCGUCUUUUAUUGUCUUGGCAAGAAUGCGUUGAUAUCGUUCACAGAUUUCGUCUUCCUUCUCACCGUAAUUUCCACACCACAGCGUCAAUUUGAGAUAGCAUUCCGUAUGUUUGACAUAAACGGCGAUGGCGAAUUAGACUCGAGUGAAUUUGACGUGGUGAGGUCGGUCAUUCUGGACACCACAGCGAUGGGCAAACGCCACCGCGACCACGCAACCACGGGCAGCACCCUGAAGUCAGUCAGCCACAGCGCUCUGCACGACUACUUCUUCGGCAAAGAUGGCAAAACCAAGUUGACCAUCGCCAAAUUCCUCGAUUUCCAGGCUCGACUGCUGGAAGAAAUCACACACUUGGAGUUCACAAAACUGCAACAGGGUGUCAAGUUUGAACGCUGCGGCCCUGAAGACGGCAGAAUUAGUGAGCGAGCAUUCGCCAAAUCCCUCCUGACUUACGCAGGCUUCUCCGAGAACAGGCGACGCCUUAUGAUGCGACGAGUGAAAAAGAAGUUCGUCGAUGGUGAUGAAACCUCAGAAGGAAUCACCUUCCAACACUUCCUGGAUUUUUCUCGCCUCCUACGUUCAAUCUCGGAGCUGGAUACUGCGCUUACUUUUCACACCCUGGCUGGGGCAGCUGUUGACCAGGCCACGUUCCUGCAUGUGGCCAAAGUUGUCGCAAAUGUUCAGUUAAGCCCUCACUUGGUCGACGUUGUCUUUACGCUCUUUGACGAGAAUGAUGACGGUCAGCUUAGCUACAAGGAGUUUGUGCAGGUGAUGAAGAAUCGGCUGUACCGCGGAUUGGAUAAACCAAUGGACACUGGAUUCAUUCGUUUUAUUAAUGCAAUCUUCUACUGUACGCACCAGGAGAUACGUCGGCGUCUACAAUAA